UGAGUGACACGUGACGAGGAAGGAGGUGGGCUGUACUCGGUGUGUCUGCUUAGACGCUAAUGUGCUGAUCUCAGAUGACCAACAUUUCAAAUGGAGGAAUCAUCUCUACAGCUGCUGCUGGUUCUGAUCUCACUGCUGAUCUGCACAACCAACCAAGUCUCUCUGACUGUGAGUCCCAGCAGCUCUCAGAUGAUUAAAGGACAGUCUGUCUCUCUGAGCUGUGAGGAGGACGACAGCUCUGCUGGAUGGACUCUGAGGAGGAACACAACCAAAGAAACCAGGACUCAGUGUGGAGAAGACUGGGGAAGACCUGCUGGUUCUUCCUGUAACAUCAGCUACAUGGUCCCAUCGGACAGUGGAGUUUACUGGUGUGAGUCCAGAGAGGGAGCAACCAGUAACAGCAUCAACAUCACUGUCCCUGGUGGACCAGUGAUCCUGCAGAGUCCUGUCCUCCCUGUGAUGGAGGGAGAAGUCCUCACUCUGACCUGUAAAACAAAGACGUCCUCCAACCUCCCAGCUGGUUUCUAUAAAGAUGGCUCCUUCAUCAGGACUGAGCCUGCAGGUCACAUGACCAUCCACCAUGUUUCCAGGUCUGAUGAAGGCCUCUACAAGUGUAACAUCAGCAGUGUUGGAGAGUCUCCACCCAGCUGGGUCUCUGUCACAGAGAAACCCAAGACGACAAGUCCUCCUCCAGCCUUCACCACCUCUGGCUCCUCUCUUCCUCCUCCCCUUGUGUUCUGGUCUGCUGUUUCAGUCGGUAUCCUGGUUCUCCUGCUUCUCCUGGUUCUCCUGGUUCUCCUGGAGAGACGAUGCAUCCGUAGGAAACCUAAAGCUGCUCAAGCUGAAGCU